GAGAUGGAGAGAGAUAGAGAGAAAGAGAGAAAAAGAGAGAGAUAGAGAGAAAAAGAGAUAGAGAGAGAUAGAGAUAUACACAGUUUUCCCCUAUAUUAUCAUGUAGCGCAUUGUAUUGCUGCCGCAAAAUUAACAAAUUUUACAACAUAUGUCGGUAAUAUUAAACCCGAUUCUGAUUUUGAUCUUCCAGGAGAGUAAGCAAGGAGGACUGAGAAUUGGGAGGAGAGUGGAAAAAUGAGGAAGGACAUUUUCUGAGGGAUGGUGCUCGGAGCGGGGGAUUGGUUCAGAGGGAGAGAGCCGUGGAUGUGGGUCCACAGAAGCGGGGAGAAGGAGGAGAGGUGGGGAGGGGGUUGAGUCGGAGUGGGAGUAGGGCCAGAGGAAGGGCAAGGCUGCUGCUCCGGGGGGGAACAGAGGAUCUUUAUCUGCGCGCUGCUGGAUGUCGGUGCGGCUGCCUGCCGCAGCGUGAGGCCACAAUGGAGGCGUUCGUGGGCACCUGGCGCCUGGUGGACAGCGACAACUACGACAACUACAUGAGGGAGCUGGGAAUGGACUUUGCAGCUCGACAGUUGGGCAACGUCAAUAAACCCACCCUGGUCAUCAAAAUGGAUCGGGAUGAGAUUACUCUGCAAAACCUUAGCACCUUCAGAAGCACAGAAAUUACUUUUGUUCUUGGCAAACCGUUCGACGAGCAUACUUCUGAUAACAGGAAAUGCAAAACAGUAGUAACAUUUGAUGGUAAAAAACUGACUCAGAUGCAGAAAUGGGACGGAAAACAAACAGCACUUGUCCGAGAAAUCAAAGAUGGAAAACUCAUUUUGACUCUUACCUUUAACGAUGUUGUAAGUGUUCGCACAUAUGAAAGAGAAGCAUGAAGAUACAAUUUUUAGGUUAUUUGCUGCAAUUUCUGUUAUUGGUUUCGCAGAGAGAAAUGAGGUGUUAUUGUACUUUUCAUCUGUAAUUCUUUUGAAAGACCUGAAAAUGUAUUGCAACUGCAUUACAUAUUUAAGAACAAUUGUCAGCUUCUGAAUAUUCUGCCCUCAUUUGAAGUCCUUAUCCUUCUACCAAAUA